UAAAAAGUUAAAAUCCCAAAAUGCGAAAAUGUUAGUUGGCCCACAUUGACUUUUUUGGUGACAUGGCACACAACAACCCAAUCACGUUAAUAGAACAAAAGGACACUCAACAAUUACCAUAUGCAGCAUAUGCACCUGAUUCUUUCUCCCUCCCCCUUCAUUUUGAGCUGUAUCCAAUUCAGUCACACAAAAAAAAAAAUCACACACACCCACACACAGUAGACCCAGAUCCUUUGCACUAUUUCAAUGAAAACCUCACUUCCUAUCCCCCAACCCUUAAUCUUGUUCUGCAGAUGAUGAUGAUUACGAAACCCUCAUAUCAUUUCCUAACAAAGAGGUCCUUUUUCCCCCUCUCCCUCUGUAUUAUUAUGUUAAUGGCUGUGUAAAACUGGGUUGUUUUAUGCUUAUUUAGCCUAGCGUAUGUGUAAUCGACUGGGUUUUGGCUUUUCUUAUGUUAUCGGCAUAUGGGUUUGGUUUGUUAUUCAGCAUAUUGUGUUUUUUACCAGAAAAAUUGAGUCUUUGAGGGCUCAAUUUUCGGUCACACUACCUACGAGUUUAGGGUUUUGAGUGCAAAAACGGACUUUUUUGCUUGAAUAUGAUUGGGUUGCGUAAUUUUGGGUAGAAAUUCUCAUCUGUUGUUUUUUUUGGUUAUUACUGCUACGAGCUGCUCAGAUAUAGAAAGAUUCUGGAUUCUUGGGUUCGGAAGUUUUUGAUUAAAGAAUAGGAGUUUUGGGUCGAUUAUUGCCUUUUGAAUAUUGAGCUUAAUAGUUAAUGAUUGAUUGGUAGGUUGAAAUCUUCCAUAUAGUUUGGGGAUGCCAUUUUGAUUGAGCUAAGGUAAGAGAGUUUGGUGUAUUUAUAGUGGAAUUGAUAAGUUGUGAUGGCAGAAGAAACUCCUAAUACUAUGAAUCUUGACCUUAAUUUGGGGCCUAUUGAUCAUUCUAGUGAAACUGAUACUUUGGCUGCUGGGUCUGGAACAAUUACGGACGACAGUAUGAACUUGGAGGAUUGGUUAGACAGUCCUGUUAAUAGAUUCAGAGAGGUAGUUAGGCAUAGGCGGCGAUGGAGGUCUGUUUGGAGGCACAUUCCAAUGCCACCAGAAGCGAGGGACAUGGCAUUAGAACUAAUUGGUGGGGGAAGUGGGUUACAAGCUGGCGAGGGUAGUAUUGCACCAGAGGAAAGAGCUGAUAGACCUGCUGUUGAUUCUGGCAAAGUAUGUGAGGCUAACAAUGGAUUCUUGAAGGACGGUAUUCUGAAGAAGAAUGAUGAUGACGAGAAAGGGAGUGGAGAUGCAGGUAGCUUUUUUGAUUGUAAUAUAUGCUUGGACUUGUCCAAGGAUCCUGUUGUAACCUGUUGUGGUCAUCUGUUUUGUUGGUCGUGCCUCUAUAGAUGGUUGCAUGUUCAUUCGGAUGCUAAGGAGUGUCCGGUUUGUAAGGGGGAAGUGACGACAAAAAAUCUUACCCCAAUAUACGGUCGUGGUAAGAAUGCUCCCCGAAACCUAGAGGAGGAUGAUUCAAGCCUCAAGAUCCCUCUUAGGCCUCAAGCACGACGGGUUGAGAGCUUGAGGCAAGUUAUUCAAAGGACAGCUCUUAAUCUUCCUAUGGAGGAAAUGAUUCGGCUCCUGAAUGGCCGCUUUGAUUUAUCUCAGGUUCACACUCACAAUUCCACUGUUGAUGCUCCACCACCACCACGAGAAUCCCCUGAAAGAACCACUUCUUUCCUCAACCGGUUUCUCUCAUCUAGAGGGAUUCGCCGGGAAUCCCCCAACAAUGUCUUGUCAGUGUCGCCUGAUGAUGUAGUAGUCGAUUUGAGCCACCCAAGCGAUAGUACACAUCCUGAGUUGAUUGGGGAAAGCCAAAGUCAAAGCCGACGGAUAUCAUCCCUUUUCCUUCGCAGGUCGAAUUCAAGCCAAGCUGCCACGAUUUCUCACCUGACGUCUGCUUUGAGCUCUGCUGAAAGAUUGGUUGAAUCGUACUUUCGCAGUAAUAACCCUCCUCCUCCGGUGUCGGCAGAAAGGGAUCAUCAUCAUCAUCAUCAAGAGCAGCAGCAAACCUUGCCACCAGAUGAUAGAGAUUCUAUCUCCAGCAUUGCUGCCGUAAUACAUUCAGAGAGUCAGACAGUUGAUACUGCUGUGGAGAUUGAUUCAACAGUGUCCCGUUCCACCUCAUCUUCCAGAAGAAGACAGCAGGACACUUCAAGAAUUUCGGAUGUUGACAGUGGGGAUUCACGGGCCCCUAGGAGGAGGAGACUAGGUUGAUGAUCCAUGAACCGGGGGCAAAUUCUUUGUGGCCUGAUGAAGAAGUCUGAUUCAUUUCUUUCAGAAAUUGAUAAAGCUUCCUCUCUGAAUGGGUUGGCUUGCCUAAAAUGUACCCUGCCAUCUGCAAGCAGAACCGGUCAUCCUAAAGAAAGUCAGAUCUUGAUAUACUGGACAAGAUUUUUACUUUACACUGGAGAGUAGUAAAGUAGUAAAGUUCGAAUUCAUUUUGAUGUCAUAAUCACCUUUUUAAGUUAGGUUUCAUGCAAACUUCUCAAUUCUUUUGGGGGUGUCUAUCUCUUUCGUAGGAUGUACUUGGAAUAAGUUACAUAUAUAGAAUAUGGGGCUUGUAUUUCUAGGAAAUAUAACCACCAGUUUCAGUACCAUCUUGGUACCAAUGGUAUUAGACAUGAUAGACCUGUAGAACCUAUAAAUGUUCCUCUCCAUUUCCAAGAUAUGGAAAAGGCCAGUGUCUGUCUUGUUACGAAGCUUUUUGUGCUUGCCCCUUCUUGUAAUAUGCUUAUUCUUUUAGCUGCAAUGUAUUACAAAGCUUGUUGAGUUAGUUUUAUGCAUUAUUAGAUCAUUCUUUGUUAGGCUUUUGAAACUGAAUUUGGAAAUCCAAACAAACCAGUUGAGUUUUACCUCUACCAAAUUCCAAAUUCAGCCAGAUUCAAUGUCUUCUGGUUAAAUAAGAAAAGUUUCUACAGUAUAAUCUUUGUUUUCUUAAUAUGAGUAAGUUUGCUAGCCUAUGCGUGUUCUCUACAAUAAACCUUUCUUUUC